UUAGCUACUGUUUUAACUGUGAUAUGCAGAAUACUUUAGAAUGCACUGGUGAUGGAUCUGUUUGCAUCCGUGGGCAUCCUGCUUCCAAGAAACAUACAGGAAAAUGGAAGGCUUCCUCUUUAACCAUAGUUUGUUCAUUCUGCUUGUACCUGGCCAUUUCUUCAAUUUCAAAAAACCUAGUGAGUUAUCUCACAAAAGUCCUACAUGAAACAAAUGUGGCUGCUGCAAGGAAUGUUUCACCUUGGCAAGGUACUACCUUUCUUGCACAUCUGGUUGGAGCGUUUAUUGCUGAUUCGUAUCUGGGGAAGUACUGGACAGCUCUGAUCUUCGUCACAAUCUUCAUUAUUGGAAUGAUGUUAUUGGUCCUGUCAGCAGUAUCUUUGUCGAUCUCUACUAAUCCACAAGUUUGGCCUGCUUGGACAGAUACAGUCUCAUCUCAGCACACGAUAUUCUUUUUUGGCUUGUAUAUGGUUGCUAUAGGGUAUGGUAGACAGAACCCUUGUGUUACAUCCUUUGGUGCUGAUCAAUUUGAUGAUCUAACAGAUGAUACCGAUGAGGAGGAGAGAACCAAAAAGAGCUCUUUCUUCAAUUGGCACCAUUUCACACUCAAUGCUGGUGCGCUUAUCUCGGGGACUAUUAUUGUGUGGAUCCAAGACCAUGAAGGUUGGCUCUGGGGUUUUUCCAUAGCUGCACUAUUUGUUGCUUUAGGUUUAGGUAGUUUUGUCUUGGGCUCUAGUCUGUAUAGAUUUCAAAAACCUGGAGGUAGCCCUUUUGUGAGAAUGUGUCAAGUUAUUGUUGUGGCCACUCUCAACUUCGAUAAAGACUUGCCAUGCGAUUGUUCACUUCUUUAUGAGAUUCAAGGGCAAGGUUCAGCAAUUGAAGGAAGCCGGAAAUUGGAGCACACAACUGGACUUGAGUUCUUUGAUAAAGCUGCAAUUGUGACAUCCACCGAUUGUGAAUCUGUUGGCCUGCUUAAUACAUGGAAGGUCUGUGCUGUUACUCAAGUGGAGGAGUUCAAGAUUUUGAUCAGGAUGCUCCCUAUCUGGGCUACAAUGGUUUUAUUUACUACAGUUCUGGUACAGAUGUUUUCAACGUUUAUUGAACAAGGGAUGGUAAUGGACAAACACAUUGGCUCGUUUGCAAUACCUGCAGCAUCCUUCCAAUCUGUUGAUGUGAUUACCGUUCUUGCACUAGUUCCAGUCUACGAAAGAAUCCUUGUUCCAGUGUUCAGAAAAUUCACUGGCAUGGCUAAUGGCAUUACCCCUCUGCAACGGAUGGGGGUCGGUUUAUUUUUCUCCACACUCUCAAUGGUGUCAGCAGCAAUGGUGGAGAGCAACCGGUUGCAGAUCUUGCAAGACAAAGGCUUGGUGGACCAGAAUGUGGCUGCUCCAAUGAGCAUCUUAUGGCAAGGACCCCAAUACUUUCUGAUCGGUGCGGGCGAGGUGUUCUCGCUCAUUGGGUCAAACGAGUUUUUCUACGAGGAAUCACCUGAAGCUAUGAGGAGCAUAUGUCUGGCAUUCUCGAAUGCUAACAUAUCGGUCGGAAAUUACCUUAGUUCGUUCACCUUUUCUCUUGUGCCUGUGUUCACAGCCAGAGGAGGAAGUCCGGUGUGGAUACCUGAUAACUUGAACGGAGGGCAUUUGGAUAGAUUCUUCUGGAUGAUGGCUGGAUUGUCCUUCUUGAAUCUGCUAACAUUUGUGUUCUAUGCCAUGAGGUACAAAUGCAAGAAGGCUUCCUGA